CCCCCUCCCGGGUUUAAUCCACCCACAUCGGGGCGGGCGUGCUUCAGACCUCCUGGAAAUUCUCGGUCCCAUCCUCGUACUCGAUCGUUCGGUCCAAGCUGGAGACGGGUUUCGGCCUGGACUUCCAACCUUCCCCUUGAAGUAGCAGAGUCUGCUAGCUAGCUUGGAGUCGUGACGAGUAGGGACAAUGUUUUUUUUUCCAUCGAGUGCCUGAGUCAGCUUCGAGGGCACACGAGCGAGGGCAUGAUCUCCAUUUGUUGGAUCUAGGAGAUCAUCAGUCCUUUACAGCUGUCCCUGCAGUCUUCACGGGUCUGUUCGUUACACCAUUUCAAGGGUCAUCUUGAUCAGUGCUUAUUGACGAUCCACCACAGAUAAUUCAUUAUCCACUCUCAAGGCAGGGAUGGGAUGAAAAUCGAUGAUGGCUGCUGUACUUUUGGGAUCUGUGGUGAAACCCAGGAAGUGCUUUGUGAUAUCAUUGUUCCCUUCAUUGCAUGCCUGACAACCCGAGUUCGCAUUGCUUACUACCUUACUUUCUAGGAAAAACCAAAGCGGGAACCACCCCGUGGUCCAUGACUCUUCUUUGGCAGUGUUGUCGACGAAUGUGCCACUUGUGCAUUGGCCAAAGCUCUCGAAAGUGUUGUCUGAGUUGUCUGAGACGAGAUUUGCCGACAGUUCAUGAAAGAAGAGUGAGAUCUCGAAAGAGACGUUCUAUUUGGUGCAGUACUCAUGAAGAUGGCUCCCAGUUCCAAUUUGGCCACCAAGCGGGCUUGGAAACUCCAGGAGUUUGUCGCUCAUGGAGCUCAAGUCAAUUGCUUGGCCCUUGGCCACAAAUCUGGCCGAGUUCUCGUCACGGGUGGCGAUGAUAAGAAAGUCAACCUGUGGGCAGUGGGCAAACCCAAUUGUAUUAUGAGCCUGAGUGGUCACACGACUCCUGUGGAUUGUGUUCGAUUUGGUCAGACCGAGGAGCUGGUUUGUGCUGGAUCUCAAUCGGGUGCGUUAAAGAUUUGGGACUUGGAGGCGGCCCGGUUGGUUCGCUCGUUAACCGGUCACAAAUCUGGCCUCACCACGAUCGACUUCCAUCCGUAUGGUGAUUUCCUCUCGAGUGGAUCCUCGGACACCAAUCUCAAGUUAUGGGAUAUCCGUCGCAAAGGCUGUAUAUUCACGUAUAAAGGCCAUAGUCAGUGUGUCAAUAGUGUCAAAUUCAGUCCUGAUGGCCAAUGGAUUGCCUCAGGUGGAGAAGAUGGCGCAGUGAAGAUCUGGGACCUUCGAGCCGGAAAACUCAUGACCGAGUUCAAUGAACACGCUGGCGCUGUUCAAGAUGUCGAGUUUCAUCCACAUGAGUUCCUUCUGGCCUCGGCCUCUUCAGAUCGAACGGUGAAUUUCUGGGAUCUGGAAUCGUUUCAACUGGUUUCCACAUCGGAACGAGAUUCGGGACCUGUCAGAUGUAUCACAUUCCAUCCUGAGAGCGAGUGCCUCUUCUCGGGCUCACACGAAUCAUUCAAAGUCCACCUUUGGGAGCCUCAUCGCGUCUGUGACUCCAUCUCCAUGGGCUGGGGCAAGAUCAAGGAUAUCGCAGUGGCCUCCAAACAACUGAUUGCCGCAUCCCACCAAAUGUCCAAUGUCUCCAUCUACGUGGUUGAUCUCAAACGGGUUCAACCCAUGGGCUCCAAUAUUCGAACUAAUUCGACCAUGACCAAUGGGUCCAGGAACAACAGCACGCCUGGAUCUCUAGCGACGAAUGCGUACAAGCUUUCCAAUGGCGUUAUUCAGCAACCUUCUCAUGUCAGACGUUCGUUCGUUAAAGAAAAGCCUGGCCUUAGUGGAACACGCCCAGAUUCCCAGAUAAAGACGUCCGAAGAACCCAAUUCAGACAAAUCCGGGACAGAUCCUGAGGAUUCGGAUGCCAUCAGUCCAGCUGAUAUCAAUGACUACAGGAGUUAUGAGAACAUCUUCCGACCACGACAAAGAGAGUUGAGUCGAACCCCGCCAAUGCCUGAUGAACCAUUCCAAGCGCCUUCUGGAUCAGAGUCAGAUGUUCCACUGAGUCAUACUGGAUCCCUUUUGAGGCCUAAUAAGUUAAAGCUGAGAAACCAGAAGAAACCCUCGCCAAGUCCCACACGAAGAACGAAUCAAUCUGGAAUGCACUCCAGUCACAUCUACGGAAGCUCGCCGGACGUAAAUCGGAUUUCUAAUGGAAGCAACAAUUCUGCCGGCAACGUGCGAAUUCGGAGGACGUCCAAUUCCUCCGGUAACUCCACUAGGCCUAUGUCGGUAUAUGAGUCAGGUACCCUCAGUCAUAGUCCUUCCGCCCCUCAAUUUCAAAAUGGGAAUUCUCCAACUCGCCAUCAGCGGUCUACUAGUGUCCAGCCGCGAUCAGCUCACGAACUAGAUUUUCCAGGAGAUACCUCACCAACGUCUGAGCAUUUUAGCCGUGCUAGUUCAGUGAGUCGACACGUAACCCGGGCAGAGCCAUCCCAAGUUUCCAGGGUUCAGAUCAAUGGGAACGGCGUGGAUCGGCCCCUGGAACGUCCCACUAUGGUUCGUCCCACUCGAUCCUCACUACAACACGACAUGCCUCAACAAUACCCCCCGAAUGCUCAUGUCUACACGCCUCCUUCCAUGAUGGAACAAGUCCGCGCAGCUAAUCGCCUCUCUCAGCCAGACUUGACCUCUUUAUCCUACACCAACCAUCGCAAUGGCAACAUUCCAUUUCAACCUCCUGCCUCCGGACCUCAUGGUCAGUCGCCGCUCGUGGAAGACCCUUUGGCUCCUCCUGAGAAAGAGAAGUUUGACGUGAUCCCUAUGAACGCUGACAAGCCCUCAGGCCUUGAGGUGAAUGAAUUCUUGCCUCAAAAGUUCCAAGACAUGAGUAUGACCCCUCAAAUGCAGGAUCAAUCACGCUUCUCGGCCUACAAGAGCUACCCACAAGGGGGAGAGUUGUCUGAGCAGGAAGUGACCUCGUCAAUCUUAAAAGGCCAUGAAUCCAUGAUGGCUGUCCUUACGCGACGAGGUCGAAACAUUGAGAUUCUACACAAAUUGUGGCAGAACAAAGAUGCCAAAGCAGCAGUCGACCAGGCCGUUUCGCUCAAUGACCAGGCGGUGGUGGUGGAUCUACUCUCUGUCAUUUCAUUGAGGCCGUCGAUUUGGAAUCUGGACCUUUGUACUGCCCUAUUGCCGUCUAUCGGCGACCUUCUCCAAAGUAAAUAUGAGAUGUACAUUAAUACCGGUUGUGCCGCCAUGAAGCUCAUCCUGAAGAAUUUUGCGUCUGUGAUAAAAUCCAACAUUGAUAGCCCGGUUGGAACGGUUGGUGUGGACAUUUCCAGGGAAGAACGAAUACCAAAUUGGAAUGCUUCAGCCACACUCUCAUGUUCUGGCCAUUGUUUGGUGCUCCUACAUAUUUCAUUAUCCUUCCCUCGGGAUUGUACCAUGAAAGAAACCGACAAACUAAACGACGGUCUGUACAUUCACAACAAGUGCAUGCAAUGCUACAAGGAUUUGGUGAAGAUUCGCUCGCUCAUCUUGAAGCGGCAAACCAUGUCCGGGAAACUUGGACACACCUACAGAGAGCUCUCGAUAUUGAUGCAAUAUUUGGAUUGAUCCACUCACACCUUCCAACAGCAACACAACAACAACACCCAUGUUCCUGUAACUAAAAGUCAGAAUUUGGGAGAUUUAGCGGAUCCAAAUCAAGACCAACGCUUUCCAGAGUUGAUGAUUUCGCUUGGGUGGCAAACGUCUCUGAAUCUAGGAUCUGACGGCUGUGGACGAAAACAACAACUAUAUUUAAUGCCAUUAUUUGUAAACCAAUACCACGUGCUUAACUCUCCUAAUCUAGAAUGAUGUCAACUUUUAUUGAGUAACUUCCGAACCCAAUCGCCGUGUGACCCGCGUGUCUUGAACCCUCGCAAUUCAGUGCUUUAACCAGAUUCCUUGAAAUCCGAUCUCGCUUCCAUCUGCCAAGGAUGAUGAGGACGAUGAUCACGAUAAUGAUGAGGAUUAUUAUAAAUCCAGCAUUGUUCCACUAACCUAUUUUGAGAACCCAUAUUUACGAGAUGCCAUAUUAAAAAUGCGAAUGUAGUGCUUGACCAUAAAAAGGUAGCUUAAUAAACUUCUUAACCGAA